AGAAGAGGUCGUCUCUCUCGCUCGCGGACGUCUUGACGGUCGACGCGCUGUUGAGCCACGACUCCCGGACUCGCUCGUUCCCGCCGCCCGGCUACGCACCGAGCAGCCGCCCCCGUGUCGAAGGCGCCGUCGGUCUCAUCUCGCCGCCCGGAGGAGGUGAACGAGACGAGAGCUUGCCCCGCCAUACGCGUUGACAGGCGUGCCCUCGCCUCGCUCCCACCGGCAACCGAAGAAUCCUGGAGGGCCACUUCAUCCCCAGGCUGGCGCAUUUCGUUUUUCGCCUUUUGAACAAUAUGGACGUUUUUCCCGUGGUUCUCUAGCAGGAGCUGUAGCAGCGGCCACCACCCCGGUCCCUCUCGCUUCCCCAGGCCAGACGCGCCAGCACUCGAGACCACGUUAACCUCUGACGACUUUAGCACACUUGGCAAAAUGGUGACCGAAGGAAAGAUUCACAACCUGGUGAUAGAGGACUCUGCCGACGUUCUCCGGGAUAAAACCUGAAGUUGAACACAGCAAAAUGCCAAGAGCCCCGUUCUCCACCAGCUGAGGAAGAGCCGACACUUCUGUGACGUCGUUCUUCAGGUGGGCAGUUCGGAGAUCCACGCCCACCGCUCGGUCCUGGCCUGUGCCUCGCCCUACUUCUUCGAGCUUUUCACCGCCGAAGACGAACACAAGUCAGCUCGCGAAGGAAGGUUGUUAUACAAGUUGAAUGGAGGUUUCGAUCGCGACUCCAUAGAGAGGCUGGUGAACUAUGCUUACACCGGCUGCCUUGAAGUCCCCGACCCGCAAGUGAAGGCCGUCUUCAUUGCUUCUAGACGACUGAAGAUGGAAAAUGUGACCAACGCCUGUGGAGAGCACUUAGUGGCCAACCUUUCCCCUGAAACUUGUCUCGGCAUCAGGGCCAUCAAUGGCAUCGCCGCCAAUGCCUCUUUUGCUGAGCGGGUUGACGAGUACAUACAGCAACAGCCUGACUUGGUUGAGGUGACAAGGGACGCCCUGGGGGUUCCCAAGCUACAAGUGACAGUCAUCCACAAGACCCAGGACGAAGCAGCCAUCACAGGACGCGCGCUCUGCAACCUUGUCCUUGAGUGGCUGAGGAAGCAGCUGGCGGAGGAGGACAUUCAACUUGAUCUGUUAAAGGAAAAGAAGCAUAUGUUGUACUUGAACAUGGAUAAUUCCCUCCAUGACUGCACAGAGAUCCAGUCAGGUGACCUUAAUGAUUCAGAAAUGGUUCAGGACUACAAGAAAAUGUCCAGAAAACUCUCUCAGACAAACAUUAAGGCUCGGAGGAAGUCGACCACACCGCAGCCUUCGAAGCCCCGCCUCUUGCUCUACUCGCGGAGCAUCUCUGACAAGGACGACUCGGACCAGGACUCGGACUGGAAGGUCAUCGCUUAUUCUCACGUUUCUGAAACUUCAUGGCUGGCCAUAGUGACACUCAAAGGCUCGGUUGCUGUUCUGUCUGUGCAACAGAAAAUGGGAAGUUCAUCACCAACAAACACCCCCAUGACAUCCCGCCCAUCCUCCAUGGAGAAAGUCGACUAUUAUACAGUCAUCCCCCACAUGUCUUCACCAAAGUGUGCCUCCGGAACGGGUAACCUCAAUGGGCGACUCUUGGUAUGUGGCGGCUAUGACCGCGGGGAGUGUCUUCGGGCGGUCGAGUCCUACAACCCGCAGAACAACACUUGGACAGCACAACCCUACAUGCGCCAGGGAAGAGGACGGUUUGACCUGACAGUUCUGAAUGGGAAGGCUUAUGCAAUUGGAGGCUGUGAUGGUACACGAGAGCUUAAUAACGUUGAGGUUCUAGAGGAACAUUCUACAAAGUGGACCAGCGUUGCUCCUCUGCCUCUGGCUCGCUCCAACACCGGUGUCUGCAGUGUGGACGGCAAAGUGUUCUGCAUAGGCGGGUGGAAUGGCCAGUAUGGUAUUAAGCAGUGUGAUAUGUAUGACCCUGCAGCUGACAAGUGGCAGACAAUUGCUUCACUUCAUAUUGGCCGUUACCAAGCAGGAGUGGCAUCCCUUGUAGGAAAGGUCUAUGCAGCUGGCGGUUGUGACUCUUGGAACUGCCUGAACUCGGUUGAAGUUUAUGAUCCAGUACUGGAUACAUGGCGUUUUGUUGCACCAAUGACAACACCAAGGCGGGGAUGUGGAGCUGAAGUAUUCAAAGGGAAAUUGUAUGUGAUUGGCGGCUCCGAUGGGACCCAGAGUCUUUGUUCAACUGAGAUUUAUGAUCCAGAGACAAAUACAUGGAUGCCUGGACCGCCCAUGACUACAUGCAGGGCCAAUGUUGGUGUUGCUGUUGUCAAUGACAAGCUGUAUGCCGUUGGAGGUUUCUCUGGGAAGAAUUUCCUCAAUAGCACAGAGUACUUGGAUCCUGAGACAAAUGAAUGGACCAACUUCACUCCCAAGCCUGAGUUUCUCAAGGAAGGCAAUCUCUCUCUAGAUGUACAAAAGGAGAGCAGCCGCAGUGUGAAAGAAAAUGGUCAUAAUGGUACUCACGAAAAACAGGAAUUUGCUGAAAUCAGUAAAAUCAAUCACAAAGAACAUGACAAAGUAUUCGAAAACGGGGUUGUUAAUGGGCACAGUGAUAAGGACAGUAGUGGCAUUGCUCUUGGAGAUCAGCAGGUGACUAAUGGGCAUUAGGAAGAUAAGGAUAGUGAGGGGAGAAAAUCUUUCAAUUCUGAUUUGGAAGGCACAGUGACUUUUCUAUUCCAGAGUUGUAUUACAGCUUUUGAAUCCUGUCACCCAUUUAUUUUCACAACUGGUGACUUUCUCACAAAAUAGUUACUAGGCUGUUUCACAUCACUGUACCCAAAGGAACACCUCCUUUUCUGAAGUUCGGUGCCUUCUCACCUCAGCUAUGAGGCAACGCUCAGCUUGCUGAACAUCUCACGGAAGUCUAAAAGACAAUUUCUUGUUUAAGCGUGAGAUUGGUUAAAUUUCAUACUGUUACUUUACACUUAUAUUACUCCUUAGUUGGGAGUGUAGAUACUUGCCUAUGGUAAUGGAGAAUUUGUAAUAUAUACAUAUUUACUGGAAUAAUGAUAUGAAAGGUUUUACGUUUGACUAUAAUGGCUGUGGACAAACCUUUGUUGAAUAUUGUCAUGUUAUCAUGAAUUUCUUUAAGAUCUUUUAUUGCAUAUCUUUCUCUUCUAAGUUUAGGAGUUUUUCUUACAAAUUUUUGAAAGUCAAUUUUAUCUUUAUAUAUUUUCUUGAUGGUUCAAGGGAUCAAUUAUUAUAAAUAAGAAGUUUGCUUUUCGUUCUAGUAUGAGCAAUUUAAUAUUCCUGACAUUUUUGAUAUACGAAAAAUAGCAAGUGCCAAAAUGGAAUUAUGAGCGACUUUCACUUCUAGAUUCAGCGCACUGUGUUUUCUUACGGCCAAAUCGCAAAACAUUUUCAAUGACAGAAGGAAAUUGCUGUUUUACUUUGCAUUGGAAGUGACCUUUUAAUACUGAAAUUGUGUUUUGUAGUUUGGAUUAGGAAAAAAAUGUGUGCAGAAAUGUGUGCGAUACACAUUAUGCUCACAAUCAAUAUUUUGAAUUAUUAACAUUUCUAGUAACAGUAAGGGAAGGUGGGAAAAGUGUGCUCUCAUUUUCGAGACAGCAAGCAUUGAAUCCUGAUUUCGCUUUAUGAUGAAAUGUGGCUUGACUUCUACGAAGUAAUUUUCAGUUCCUGUUUUAGCAAAAGGGUCAGACCUGGCUCUGUUUUCUGUAGACUCAGAACUUAAGUGAUUGAAAUCAAAUAUCCUGCACCACAAAUGCAUUUUCUCCCUAAAACGGAGAAAGACAGAUAUAAAGUGCAAGACUGACGCAUAUCACACAGGUUUCAGUUUCCAGUAUUAAUAUGCGCCUGUCCGAUCCUUCUCCGUCCAACUAUUCCUGCUUAUACUUUUAUAUGUAAAUCUUAUUGCUCCUCUAUUCUUGUGGGUUGCUCAUUGAUGAAGUUUCUGCACAGUGUAUUUAAGCAUUCGUGAAAGCAAAUUGUUCAGUGUUAAAUUUAAAAGGCAUUACUCAUCUCAGUUCGUACAUUAUAUGGUAUCAUACUAUGCUAGAUCCAUAAGUGGGUCGAUGGAUGGAUAUACACAUGCAUCAUGCCCGCAAAUGUCUGAGUAUACAUACGAGGCACUGAAUGUUUUGUUUGUGGCCAAAGGUACAAAGAUAUAUAUCCUGUGGUAAACGUAGUAUCUUAAGACCUUCAAGAUAUUACUUAUAUAUGAGCAUAGUAAGUCUUGGUGACACUAACGCACCUCUCGAUAAUCCACCAGGAACACUGCAACAUCCUAAAAAAA